AUGGUCUCUCCCACCACCAAACCACCUAACCCCCAAUCACCAACCCUCAAUGUCCUCCUAACCCCGGACACCCUCCUCCUCCUCCACCACCUCCACCCCCACGACCUCCUCAUCUCCCAACGCGUCCACCCCCUCUGGCACGCCCUAAUAACCACCACCCACACCCUCCAAUGCAUCCUCGGCUUUCGCCUCCCCUCCCACCCCCCCAAAACCCCAACCUACAACCCCAUCCUCCAACGGCUCUUCCCCCCCAUCUUCCCUACAGACUCCCUAACCCCCACCUCCCCCUACUUCGUCCCCGAAGAAAUCCACAAAUUACGCUUCGCGCACGACACAGCCUACUACAAGAAAUUCUCCCGCAGGAACGCUUCCUGGCGGAGAAUGUACCCUAUGGAUAUCCCCUGCUGGAUUCAUAAGCUCGUGGUGCAUUGUGAGGGGGAUGGGGUUCAUGCAAGGGGUAGUCAAGCGCAUAGAGUGAUUGAUGAGUGGGUGAAGGGGGGGCAGGAUGUGGCUUUAGGGGCGGAGAUGAGGUUGGUUUGGGAUUUAGUGGUUGCGGGGUUGGGGGCUGUUCGGUUUUGA